AGCGGUUUCCGUAGAUGUGUGGAAGCGACACAGUGUUGCUGACAACAAAUCGUGAUGGCAGAAUGCACUACUUUAGAAAGCCUGCUUGAAAUGGGCUUCGACAGAAACAGAGCGGAGAAGGCUGUAGCACAUACUGAAAACCAGGGCAUUGAGAGAGCAAUGGACUGGUUAAUGGAACAUGAGAAUGACCCAGACAUAGACGAACCUUACGUUCCACCUGCUGAGAAUGUUCUCGGGUCAACAGUAGAACAAAGCAGCUCACCUCAGUCUCCUUCAGGAACCACCGAAUCAGCCGUUGACAAGGAACUUCAGGAACUACAGGAAGAUUCCAAACGGGCUAUGACAGAAGAAGAGAAGAAAGAACAAGUAAAAAGAUUAGAGGAUUUAAUGAAGAUGAGACAGGAGGAGAGAAGAGAAAGGGAGCGUCAGGAGGAGAUAGAUAGAGAAAAGCAGAGGAGGAAACAAGGCCAAGAGAUUCUGCAGGUUAAACAAAAGCUUCAGGACGACGAGAUGAAGAAGCUUGCUGAACUGCGCAGGAGGGAGAAGAUGGAAGACAGACUUGCCAAGCAGCGGGUUAAAGAGAAGAUUGCACGAGACAGAGAGGAAAGAGCACAAAAGUUUGGUGGUGGAUCAUCAAGCACAACUCUGUCAUCUCCGCCCUCUGAAGCCCCUCAGCUGUCUUCCCCUGAAAGCCAAGGUGCUCCUCCAGCGAAGAAAGAUUACGACGAAUGUCGGAUUCAGGUGCGUCUCCUAGAUGGUACCACCUUGAGUGCCGUUUUUAAAGCUCAGGAGCCUCUGGCUGCUGUUAGAGUCUACGUGCAGAUGAACGGGGAAAAUGGACAGGAUUUCAACCUCAUUACUCCGUACCCUAGACGCGUCUACACAGAUCUUGACAUGGAAAAACCCUUGCGUGAGCUGGGUCUGGUGCCUUCUGCUGUCCUUGUGGUUACAAAGAAAUGAAGUAAAAAAAAGCUGUUCUUCCACACAUCCAUACAAGAUCAAAUGGAUUUCUCUAUGAAGACUAUGAUUCAGUGAACCGCUACAAUGAUAUCACGUUAAAACAUGCGCCAAAUAUACACGUAACUUGACCAAUAACUUCAUUUAUCUGUUUUCGCUCAAUAAAAGGUUGUGCUAGUUUUCACAAUAAUGAA